AUGCAUUUGGGCCUACCAACUAUCUUCCUAUUACUAUUAUCGGUAGUGGCGGGUGAGGAUGUCUACGCCUCAGACCCUAAUAUCUACGAGCUCACUCCUUCUAACUUUGACAAGGUGGUUCACAAAUCAAAUUAUACUUCCAUCGUCAAAUUCUACGCUCCAUGGUGUGGUUAUUGCAAACAGUUGACACCAAUUUACAAGAAAUUGGGCAAGUUUUUCCAUAAAGAUGGACAGUACGCCGUCAAUGUAGUGGCAGUGAACUGUGAUAAAGAUUACAACAAACCUUUGUGUAGCAAACAUCGGGUCAGUGGAUUUCCAACAUUGAUGGUGUUCCGUCCUCCCAAAUAUAACCAAGAUAAACCAAAACCACAAGGAGUUCACGCUAUGGAAACGUAUUCUGGUGAAAGAAGCUUCAAGUCUAUCAUGAAUUUUGUCAAUUCUCGUAUCAAAAAUUAUGUGAAAAAAUUCAAUAAUCCAUCAAGUGAUAGCUUGAGACAAUGGUUAUCCAAUCCUUCCACUAGAAGUAAGGUGGUAUUGUUCACGGAGUCUAAUUCUAUUCAUAAUAUGUACAAAUCGUUGGCUAUUGACUUUUUGAAUUCAACCGAGUUUUCCAUGGUCACAGUGAAAGAUAAAGACCUGUUCAAACAGGCAGUGGCCGAUUUGAAUUUGAGCUCUAUAACCGACUUUCCCAUGCUUUUUAACGUUCAGGAAGGUGAGCUAGUUCGCUUUGACCGACCAAAACUAGAUGACAAGUUAGCUAUCAGCAAAUGGCUCAUCGAACAAAACGGUCACUUACCAGUAGAGGGUCAGCUUUCAAAGAAAGACCGCUACUAUUCAAAAUACCGAGGCAUAAAGGAGAAGAAACCCAAAGAGGAUAGGACCGAAAAACCUAAAAAGGAAGCCAAGAAGAAAACCGUCCACGAUGAAUUAUAA